UAGAAGGGGAAAAAGAAAAACCAUGGUUGAAAAGGGCUUCUCCCUUCCCUCCAACGAUCCAACUCCAGUACUAGCAGCAUCGCCGUUCUCACCCUCCCCGUACCCUGUCUCCGGGGUUCUCACACUAGCUCGGAUCCCAGUGCAUCCCCUCUUUCUCUCCUUCUCUACUAAGAGCUAUCUCCAGCUCGGGUCUCUCCGGUAAGUUUUCUCUGAUAUCCUUUUGCAGCUUUCGCUAAUUUCAUUUGCUUCGUUGCUCGUUUUUCUCUUCCUGGCCUGUUUCUUCUCCUCUGUGUUAACUUGUGCAAUAUUUCUCUUCAUUUGCUAGAACUAACCAUGGGGAACCUACCCUUGGAUGCUUAUCUCGUAUUGAUUUAUUUUUAUAGAGUAAUAAGGUUUCAAGGUUCUCUCUUGUUUAACCCUGUAGCAUUCUUUCAAGGCUGGUCUCUUCGAUAUGGUCAUUUUAUUUAGUUCGGUAUGAAAUAUAAACCCGGGGCUUUUAUCAAAAUAUGGUUUCAAUUUGUUCACCUGCAAAAAACUCUGUCAUUGUCACCAAGCCCACUUCAAAAAUUCCCUGUUUACGUCAGUGCAACCAACUACUCAACUUUGAGCCAGGCCCAAGUUGGAAGUUCAGUAAAGGACGAAACUGUAGAGCAGGCAAACAAUUCUGCAGAAGUUUUAAGGAGAUGGGGUUGCAGCGAUGAUGACAUAUCUACGGUAUUCUUGCGCCGGCCUUCUUUGAGAAAUGCUGACCUUAGUCAUCUUCAUUCCAAACUUGAUCUACUUCGUGAGUUAGGCCUCACCUCGAAUGACCUUGUUAAGAUCAUCAAUUGUCGGCCACGCUUCCUUAGUUGUCGAAUCAAUCGUUGCUUUGAUGAGCGGCUUGAUUAUUUUAUGACAUUGUUUGGUUCAAGGGAAGUUCUUCGCCAAGCCAUCAUUAGAAACCCCUCGCUUUUGUUGUAUGACUUUCAUGAAAGGAUUAUACCUGUUAUAGCAAUUUAUGAAGGUCUUGGUGUCAGUAAAGUGGAUUUGAUUCCCAUGCUCUUAUCACGGCCAACAUUAAUUCCACGCUCUUCAUUUGAUGAUGAGAAGAGAGAAUAUAUACGCAAAACUAGGGUGUCCAAGGAUUCAAAGAUGUAUAAGUAUGUAGUUGCCCUUGUUGGCGUCUCGCGGCUAGAAACCAUCCGCCAAAAGGUAGCAAACUUUGAAAAUUUUGGAUUUUCAGAUGAUGAAAUUUGGGGUCUCUUUGGGCGUUCUCCAUAUGUUUUGACAUUGUCAAUUGAGAAGGUUCAGAGAAAUAUGACUUUUGUCGUUGGCACAAUGAAACUCCCGGCAAAUGCGGUGCUUCAGUACCCAUUUUUGCUCUUCAACAAUCUGGAGACUGUUUUGCGACCAAGGAUGAUUAUUGCUGAGAAGAUACGCGAAAUGGCACUUUAUCCAUCAGUUAAAGGUGCCAAGUUGUUCAGGGCAAUGAGAAUGAAAGAAAAACGAUUCUUGGCUGUAUUUGUCAGUUGUCACCCCCAGGAAGUUGCCAGCGAGUUGAUGGAGUGUUAUAGGGAUGCCAAAGCCAUUAAGCGGCUAGCGGAAGCCUCAAAGAGACGAUUGCGUACUGGCUUUCCUUUCUGAACUUUAAAGUCUACCAGCUGCAUAUAGACAGAGGGAAGGAGGUAGCUGUAGCUGCAUUGAAGGAUGCUAUAGAAGAUUACCUAGCAGAGGGAUGCCAUAAUUAGUGAGCUCCAGAAACUUUGCAGGAGGCAUUAAUUAAUUUGGUGAAGAAGAGUACGUUGAUCCAGUAUAUUUACAUUAUUACAUUAGCCUACCGCGUGCCGGGAGUCUACAGUAGUUUUUACAACAUCAGACCCCGCUGUAAACCAGAAAGGCGUUCAAUUUUUUUUUUUUUUUAAAUCAUAAUUGUGUAGUAUUCUGUCUAAUAAAUCCAACGAUCUAUUUUUUUAUUUGAAACAAAAACCAAAUUCAUAGCGAUCAAAAUAUCGAAUGUUUUGUUUAUAUCCGACGA